CGCCUGUAAAUGGAAGAUGUCGAGCGUCGAAGAAAACGCAGGGAUCCAUGGAGGUUAAUGGGUCGGGCCACGGUAUCCUUCGUUUGUGUCUGCUUUGCUCAGUUUGCCCUCUACCUAGUAUCUUCCUUCUUCUUCUCCUACAAUAUCAUCAUACUUCUUUUUCUGUCAGUGAUGGUAUUGCUAGGGAUCGCGGGAUUAGGGAGAAGAUGCAAGAGGUUAUUUGGACUGUAUGGUUCAGCUCCAGCCUUCGUGUUUGCCAAUCUAUUGUUUAUUUGGUGUGUGUAUGUCGUUGUAAUUCGACAAGUCGUCUCAUCUUUAUUGGAUAUGGUUGUCCAUGCAGAGCUUAUUAUGCUCCUAUUCGGUCUACACAGAAUCCUGUCAGGUGAUCCUGGUUUUGUUAAUUGUGAACAUCCUUGUCACGAAAAACCUGGUCCUCUCUCCAACAGUGAAACUUAUCUGGAGGGAAUGGGGCCCCCAACUUCCGACCUGUAUGAGGGAUGCCCACUUGACAAGUGUUCACUUUUACUCCAAAGGGUAAGAUAUUGUAAGCACUGUGAUGCGCAUGUUAAGGGAUUUGACCACCAUUGUCCUGCUUUCGGGAAUUGUAUAGGUCAAAACAAUCAUCUACUUUUCAUGGUUCUCCUAGCCGGAUUUAUAAUAAUUGAGGCUUGUUACAUCGUGGGUGCAUCUCAGAUUGCAACAACAUCCCGAACACUGGAUACGAGUGGGGGGAAGCAGGUUGGUUGGACUGAAACAUUAGCUACUAGCACGAUGAUAUUCUCCCUUCUGCAAGUGUUAUGGCAGGCGGUAUUUCUGGCAUGGCACAUAUAUUGUGUGUGUUUCAAUAUCAGAACAGAUGAAUGGAUACACUGGAAGAAAUAUCCGGAGUUCCAGCAUAUUAUCCAGCCUGAGCCAGGGGAGGCGGUAACAGUGACGAGGUUUAAAAAUCCUUAUGACAAAGGAAUUUGGCAGAAUCUGAAGGAGUUCAUUGAAGCCAGAGGGUAGCACUGCUGCAUAUUACUAAACGAGCUUCAUCCUUGCAACAAACAUGGUAUCUUUGUGGAACACAUUAAUCUCAUGGGCAGCUUUUGAUACCGCACAUAAACAUCUUACUAAAUCCCUCAAGUGACUGCAAAGUGCCAACAUCAUGCUUCCUUAGCAACCACUUGUAAAAGAAUUAAUUAAUUAAACCAUUCGAGGAUAUAAUAGAUUCUACAGAAGUCACAACUAAAGGUUAUUGUUAUAAACGGGUCCUUACCGAGCGUUGGUAUCUUCUAGCUUGUUAUGUUAGUUUGAUGAAAGAGAGAAUUUACCACCGUAAAACCAUUUUCACUGUAUCAGUGCACAUUGUUGUAAUCUUCAUGGCUUUCUUUGUUACCUG